UCUGGCUGAGAUAAAGCCAAAGUGAUUAGAGAGCUAUUCAUUGUGUCAGUCUGCAGAGAAAGAAGGAUGUUUGGAUGCAUGAUUUGUGCGUGGAUGUCCUCACAAACACUGGCAAUACAAACGUGUGUGUGUGUUUUGACCCACUUUGUCCACCAGGACGGGGCCUCCUCCCACAUGAAGCUGAGCCAGGAAACUGCGGUUGCCUAGCAAGUUUUACAUCUACGGAGUAAAGUUUGAGGACGAGUAGGUCGACUGAUGUUUAUGCUGUAAACUACAAACUUAACAUCGGCUAUUUUAAAAGACAUUUCUCCCGUCGAGGUCCAGAAGACAACACUGAAGGCACAAAAUGUCGGUCGCAGGGCUUAAGAAGCAAAUUUACAAAGCAACGCAGAUGAUGAGUGAGAAGGUUGGAGGUGCAGAGGGAACCAAAUUGGAUGAAGACUUCAAGGAUCUUGAAAGGAGAGCUGAUAUUACCAGCAAAGCUGUUUUGGAAGUCCUCAAUAAAACAUCAGAGUACCUCCAGCCCAACCCAACGUCAAGAGCGAAGCUGUCCAUGCUCAAUACUGUGUCCAAAAUCCGUGGACAGGUGAACAGUCCAGGCUACCCCCAGCCUGAGGGCCUCCUGGGGGAGUGUAUGACCAAGUAUGGACGGGAUAUGGGAGAGGACACCAACUUCGGUGGGGCUCUUAUAGACAUAGGGGAAACAAUGAAAAGGCUGGCAGAGGUCAAGGACUCUCUGGAUAUUGAUGUGAAGCAGAACUUUAUUGACCCACUGCAGGCAGUCGCUGAAAAGGAUAUCAAAGACAUUCAGUACCACCUGAAGAAACUGGAGGGCCGCCGUCUGGACUAUGAUUAUAAAAAGAAACGUCAAGGUAAAAUCCAAGAUGAAGAGAUCAGACAGGCCCUGGAGAAGUUCCACGAGUCCAAAGAGAUGGCUGAGAGCUCUAUGCACAACCUGCUGGAAACAGAUGUGGAGCAGGUGAGUCAGCUGUCAUCUCUUGUGGAGUCUCUGCUGCAGUACCACAGACAGGCCUCGCAGGUCCUGGAGGAGCUUUCUGAAAAAGUGAGAGAAAGGGUGAAUGACGCUCAGAAUCGCCCAAGGCGUAAAUACACACCCAAACCCAGACCAUCCGUUGAGUAUGAGCACACAGAACAGUCCAAUGGCGGAUACUCACCAACUGCGACCAGCGCUGCUGUGUACUCUACAGUCCCAGCACAUUUUCGUGGUCGACCAUCCCAAAGACAGUCCGUCAAGAGCAGACCGCGUGAGCCAUGCUGUAAAGCCCUGUAUGACUUUGAGCCAGAAAACGACGGCGAGCUGGGCUUCCACGAGGGUGACAUCAUCACCUUGGACAGUCAAAUCGAUGAGAACUGGUUCCAGGGAACACUUCGUGGAAAGUCCGGAUACUUUCCCAACAACUAUGUUGAGGUGAUGGUGCCUCUGCCGCACUGAAAACUGCAAGGCCAGAGGGCGGAUAGUUCAGGAUUAUCAACUCUCAGUAACCAAAACAGCUUUUCUUGUAAUUAAAAGGUAAACGUCUCAGGACAUGGGCCUACAUUUUUGUAUCUAAGAGCUUUUUAAACCUAAAUUUAAUGGAGUUUUACAAGCAACGAGGACAGAGGAUGAUCAAUCAGAAAAAUUAUGGCACAAUGUUUGGGUGCAUUUACCAUAUCCUGAAUUUUUAUGUUAGGUCUUUGUGCACCUGUGCACUUUGUACACUAGAUCAUCAUCACCUGGACUGAUGAAGAAUCAUCUGUAAUAAGAUCCAACAGUAUGCACAGACAUAAUGAAGUGAAACUGUUCUCAUAUUCUGUGAUAUUCACAAUGUAACAUUUCUUGUUCUUUGUGUUGUUCACAUCGGUACAACGCAGGCAUGCGUACAUGUAUUCUUUUUAGCAGUUUAAUACACUCCCAGUUUUCAGCUCUGUGCCUUCAGGCUUUAGUAUUGUGUCAUCAUGGACACGUUGGAGUCAACAUGGAGGACUGGCUAUGUAGGUACUGUUGUCUAACACCAUCCUCCGCUGCCAUCUGGUGGUGCUACAGAUUUGGAAUUGGUUUGAAUCUCUCACCAAACACUUGGAGCCAGUCAAAAGAUAAUAAUGACUGACUGUUGUUGUUGUUGUUGUUGUUGUUAACUGCGCUUUAAUUGCAGUUUGUCAAGCAUUAACUAAGCUGAUUCGUGACCAAAAAGUUGUUUUAGAGUACAUUUCUAAAGGGCCUUAAGGCUCCAUAAAUGCACUUCCUUUUAUUACAUUUAUUGUAGUUCUCAUGGUGUUAGUUUACCUACAGCUCUUCCAUUGUUUUUCAAUGGACUGUGCCUUCUUGUCUCUUAGAGCUAACACCAGAGAAAGGUUGAACAAAUCCUCAAAUUGCAUUAGGUUGAUAUUUGUCAUUAAAAAGAUGUAUUCCAUACAGCCUGAUGCACACAAUGCUGGAGCAUUAAGUUCAAUAUUUGAGAUGCAAAAAUGUUCUCUUGCCUUUUUGUUUACUUCACAAAAACAGGCUUUUGUUUCCAUUAAAGCACAGCUCACAAAAAUGCACUACGAUAUAUCCCCGCUCCAAAUACAGCAAUACACAAAGCCAUAAGCUAUUUUCUCAGCCUCUAUUGAUACUGCUGGCAGUGUCACACUGUUUUGUGGGAUUUAACCCAAUUGUUUGUCAAUGAAUUCCCAGUCUGAUUUGUUUUUCCCCUUCAACACUUGGCUUUAGUGCUUUAACCUUUAAUUUGAAGCAUGGAAAUUAAUCUGAUCUGUAUUGGGUGUUCUGUACCUGUCUCAGUUUCCAAGCUGAAACUGUGUACCAGACGUGAGAGAAAAUGCCACAGCCUUAACCAAUAAUGAGGAAGUUUUGUACACAAUGGCUGGUUUCAGUUUCAAUUAAGCCUGAUACAGGCAGUCUACGAGUUGUGAGGGUUUGUACUGUUCGCUAAAAUUUCAUCUUUCUUCUUUUGUCGUGAUCCCCUUGUUAGACCGCCCUCCGCCCCACUCAUCUCUCCCAUCUCUAUUUAGACUGGGAGUGGAACGGACAGGUCUUUUCAGCAGAGAGGGACACCCAGCAGUGGAUUAUGCCCUCCCUCCCCCCUCUGGUCUUUAGCUACCACCUGCCCCUGUGUACCCCUACCCCCUUUCUCAUUAUCUGCCCCAUGCCAAUCCCAUGGUGCCUCUGGAGCUCAGUCUCCUGGUCCACCCCUAAAUAGUCUCCUUAUUGUUAUCAUAGUAUAUGCCUGUUAAUGUUAUGUUUGCAUGUCUCCUAUGUUAUUCAUCUUGUGUAUAUAAGGCCAGAAGGCUUUGACUGUGCUGAGUAACAAACUGUGUGGUUCAGGUGUGGGUUAUAUGCCUCAUUACACUAAAUCAAAAGCCCCGAGUUUCAGGAGGGAAAGGAGGGUCAGGGGAUCAGGUUGAGCUGUUAUGCAGCUGUAUAAUGGUGGUGAUGAGUAAUGUUGUGGAGCAAAAGGCUGAGAUCAAUUUUUGAAAUAGUUGUCUGAAUGCUGCUGCUGACAUUUAUUACAAUGCUACAUUCUGUGAUGGCUUGUAUUGUAUCCAUACCCAUAGGUUUCCCAACCUGAUAAUAUUAAUAAAUUGAAUAUUAUCAGCCUUUAGAGCAUUAUUUGAUUAUGCACGUUAUCUUAAUGACACAUUUCGUGUCAAAUGUAACUGCUUUGCAAGUGUCUUCAUUACAGCUUCUAUCUUAUGUAGUGCCUUAUUUUUGUAACAGCAACACUGGGGACACUAAAAGUGGGAUUAUCCUGGAUUGCCUUUAUAAUAUGUGUAUUGUAUAUUUUUGUUAUGUAAAAAGGGAAUGGAUGCUCUUCAUUUGUCUUCAAAUAAAUGUAUAAAUGUUAAA